ACCGCUCGCAACGCCCCUCCAAUCACCUCCCGGCCAACUCCCGGCCAACUCCCGACAUCUUCAACUCCCGUCUCGGCCUCUGCACCAUCGCCAACUCACAUCCGAAGCCACAGCCGCAGCCGCCGCCCAGAUCCGCGCCAUGUCUGCCAUGCCAGCCUCUCACGGCCACAGCGCCGCCUGCUGCAACAUUCCCCCGGUUGUGUCCAAGGGGUACAAGCCCAAGGGCGCGUACGAGGAGAUUGGCGGCUACAAGACAUAUGUCACCGGCCCCGCCGACGCUACCAAGGCCAUUGUCGUCGUCUAUGACAUCUUCGGCUACUUUGACCAAACCGUCCAGGGAGCCGACAUCCUUGCCUUCAGCGACGACCACCAGAAGUACAAGGUGUUCAUGCCCGACUGGUUCAAGGGCAAGCCCUGCCCUAUUGAGUACUACCCUCCCGAUACUCCGGAGAAGCAAAAGGCCCUGGGCGAGUUCUUUGCCACUUUCCCUCCUCCCAAGAUUGCCGGCUAUGUUCCCGACUACGUGGAUGCCGUCAAGGCUCACAGCUCAUCCGUCUCCAAGCUAGCCAUGCUGGGUUACUGCUGGGGCGGCAAAGUUGUUGCCCUCACCCUCAAGGCUCCCACCAACCCCUUCUCGGCCGGUGCCGCAGCCCAUCCCGCCAUGGUCGACCCAGCCGACGCCGAGGGCCUCACCGUUCCCUUUGCGCUGCUGGCAUCCAAGGAAGAGGACGCGGCGGAUGUCAAGAAGUUUGAGGAGGCGCUCAAGGUUCCCCACCAUGUUGAGACUUUUCCGGACCAGAUCCACGGCUGGAUGGCUGCGCGAUCUGACCUGGAGGAUGAGCACGUCAAGGCGGAGUAUGAGAGGGGAUAUCAGACGCUUUUGGACUUUUUCGGCAAGCAAGUGUAAAAGUAAGGGAAGUGAGUGAGUAGGAAAAGCAUUAUGCAUGAUUUUCUUUUACCUUUGAUUUGAAAAAAAAAACAAGGUUGUUUCUCCAUUAUGAGAGAAUGCAUAUUGAGAUGGCUACAUAUCACAAACCGAACAAAUUGAAAAUAAAUAAGAGAAUAAUAAAGAAAAUUCUAACUGAAAUGGCUGAUUCUUGUCAUCAUCUCAACAAAACAAUUGCCAUCAUAAAAUGCAACGAACACGCUCCUCUCGCUAUCAACAAAGUCCCGUUCAUCGCUCUUCAUUUUUCAUCUCACUUCAUCUCAUCUCACUCAUAAACAAAAAAAAAAAAGUUCGUACGCAUCUCAUCACAAUGUCUUCACAUCACUGUCCCAGCUCCUGCAACAAUCCCUCCGCCGCCGUCAACGUCUCCUCCAGAUCCAAACUCUCCGGCGGCGGCACAUCCAACCCCCGACCUCCCUCGCCCCUCCUCACCACCGUGCUAAUCAUGUACUCGUCCCCAAUGGCCCUGUCCAGCUUGACGUCCACGUCAGUUACCUUCCCGCCCUUGAACCACACCUCCAGCUGCCUCUCAGCGCCCUCGGGCGGAAUCUCCCCAGGGGGCGCAUAGUACCGCAUCUCCAGGUCGGCCAGCCACGGCGCAAGCAGCGCCUCGCCCGUCAUCUUGACAUAGGCCUCGCGCAGGCACCACAGCGCGUAAAAGUAGUCGAGCAGCUUCUGGCGGUCGGCGAUCCUCAGCCCGCGCAGCCGCUGCACCUCGACCGGCGAGAGCACG